AUGCUUUCUCUGUUUCGCAAAUCAAAACCGAAAAAAUAUCCGUCUUGCAUCCAUUGGGGAUAUCUUCAGCCUCACCCUUGUCCUGGUUGUAAAGCCAGUGCGUCGGCGCGAAGAAAGUACAGAUGGCUCCUCAUCUUCUGCCUGGUGUGGCCAUAUGCACUCCAAGCGCUCGACUCUACAAUUGUUGCCAGCGCGCUUUAUUGGAUUGCCAAAGACUUUGACAAAAUUUCCCAGCAAAACUGGAUCGUUUCCGCCUUCAACCUCACGUCCUCCGCCUUCAUUCCAUUCUGGGCACAGAUUGCCGAUGUCUUUGGCAGAAACGUGGCCAUGUCUUCCUCGAUUCUACUCAUGGUCGUCGGAAGCGCCCUCUGCACAGGCGCGCCGACAGGCGUCUAUGCGGUGCUGCUUCUCGGACGAGCGCUCCAGGGCAUCUCCGCGUCCGGCCUUAGUGUCUUGACCCGGACAAUCCUCGCUGACAAGGUCUCUCUCGAAGAGAGCGCAAAAAGCUGGGCCAUCUUUUCCAUCGUCGGAGGGGUUGCCUAUGGACUGGGCCCUGUCGUGGGAGGCUUCCUUACCAAAGUCAACUGGCGCUGGUGCUUUGCCAUAAACCUGCCUAUUGGCAUCUUUAGUCUCUUCGUCGUAUUCUUCCUGCUGAGAAAACACCUUCUCGGUCCGCAGCCGAUUCCCGAACUCGACGAAACACUAAAGACUGGCAGGCGCACAAAAUUCCUGGCGCGUCUCAAAACCAUCGACUUUGGUGGCCAGGCUCUGUUCAUCUCGGGUUUCGGCCUCAUCAUUCUCGGUCUCACAUGGGGCGGCGCAACUUAUCCCUGGGGGUCUGUUCCCGUGGUUGCUUCCCUCGCCAUCGGCUUCGUCUUGCUUGCUGCCUUUAUCAACUGGGAGCGGCUGCUGGAACCUGGGCGAUCCCUUGCCGAAAGACUACCCAAGCAAAAGCCCAUGAUCCCCUGGACACUGCUCUCUACCAAGGACAUGGGACUGCUGUUCUACAUUGAGUGCGGCACGGGCAUCAGCAUGUUCUCUGUGCUCUACUUUUGCAACACAUUUUUCGUGCGCGUCAAGAACUACGAGGCCGACAAGGCAGGCCUGCAGCUGCUGUGCUUUGUGCCGGGCAUUGGCGUUGGCGUGUACAUGUGCGCAUUUCUCUGCAACAAGUGGCCACGCAUGACGUACCCGCCGCUGCUGCUCGGGACUAUCAUCGAGACCGUGGGCGUCGCGUGUUUGGCCUGGGCGAUGCACAGGGGGCACUCGCCAAUCAUCUUUGGCAUGAUGGCUCUUGCGGGUGUAGGCAUGGGCCUAAAAUUUAUGGUGGCACCUCUUCACGGCAUUGGUCUCUUCAAGGCACAUCGCGCAUCCGUCCUGGCGCUCGUCGGAAUUGCGGUGCCUUUUGGCGGCACGCUUGGCCUUACCAUUAUGUCCGCGGUCUUCAAUAACACAUCGGGGCUGGACGUGAAGUAUGGCGACUAUUCGGAAGACUCGGUCGGCAGCGUCAAGAACGGUGUGAUUUGGGCCUAUGUUUCCAUUAUUCCGUUCAUGGCCCUGUCAUGUAUUGCGUGUCUCUUCAUGGGCAACGUGAUACUUGGCAAAGAGAAGUCCACUAGUGGCCAGAAGGAGGACGUCGUGAUUCGCGAGCCGUAUCUGUGGUACUUACUUCGAGGUAAGACGUCGCGUCACGAUGACAGAGGUAUGGUGAUGAAACCACUUCACCAGAGACAGCCAUAUAAAGAGAUACUCCCUGGGGAAGCUGUUUGA